UGUUGCUGUAAAACGAUUGUUUUUUCUGCUUUUUUCGGAAUAGACAUUGCGUUUUAUCAUGAUUGUUGGAGUUAAAGUACAAAUUAGUGAAUAUAUAUCGCAGUUUAAGUACUUAUAGCUUUAGCAUUAACCGUAAAAUCUGCUGAAAAUGAUGACAGCGGCAGCACCAGUUGCAGCUCCGGUUGGGGCCGCGGCCCCGUCACAGCCGCAGGGCACUAGGUUCAUGGUGCAAUGGGAGGAACAUCCCAUGCAUCUGGCAACAAGACUCGGCUACCUUCUUGAGCAUCAGUCGCUCGUAGACGUCACACUCAUGUGUAACACACACACUCUCAAAGUCCACCGUUCCGUACUUGCUGCCUGCAGUCCUUACUUUGAGUCUGUACUCCAAAGGCAGUUGGGGAAUCACCCAUUGAUUGUUCUUAAAGACAUGAAAUUUUGCGUUCUGAAAUCUCUCAUCGAGUUCAUGUAUUGUGGAGAAACUAGUGUCACCGAAGAGAACCUGAAUCCUUUGAUGGAAGCAGCUAAAUUUUUUGAGGUGAAAGGUCUGUGUACAAUGUCCAAAGAAGUGCUUGGUGGAGAACGCCCUUCACCUUCUAAACCAGUGACUUCGUCUACAGCUAUCAACGGCGCUACAAGUGGCAGUAUCGCUGAUAUUUUCCCAUCAACCACCUAUAGAGGCAGGGGACGUCGUUCUGGAGGAGCUAGAGGACGCAGAAACUUGGCUACAAUGUUGAUCCCUCCCCCUCAAGGAGCUCCGCAGUCUGAGACGGCUCAAAUCAUGCUUAGCCUUUCCAACAACUCCACUUCACCGACACUACAAACUACCAGCCGUAAUGUAAGAAUCAGUCCCAAUAGUCGCUUAGGACGUUCUUUACAACCUGCCUCCACUAUCCUUGACAGUACAAACCUUCUUCGUAACGGAUCUUUAACAACAACAGAUUUGAAAGCACUUCGAGAACAGCUCAAUCUAGAACCCCGGAGGAGGGGUCGAAGACGUCAGACGUUUGGAAUGGGACGAGGUAGGAUAAAAGAUCUAAGUGACACAAAGUUUGGAAUACAAAAUAUCAAGAAAGAGAUGGAGGAUGUGUCUCACAAAGAUGGACUUGUCUGCAAACCUCUUGAGUCAAAAUUGAAUGUAGUCAACAAUAAUGGAAACAAUGAUGCUCAGAGUCCUUUGUUAGCGUCUUUACUCUCAAAAGCCGAAGCUCUUGCCAAAGCCAAAGUUAAAACAGAAAAUGAAUGUGAUGACGGGCAGACAACAGAACAGGAAACAAUUAUGUAUCAGUUUGAUGGAGAAUCUAGCGGAGCGACUAAGUACUUGGACGCUCUUAAAGAAGCCGGUCUGCCUACUGAUGUACCUGUAUUGAUUGACAACGGAGAUGGCAACUAUGUGACUUUAACUGAAGAUGUCCUCAUGAAUGUUUUAGGCAACAACGAGGAGUUCCAGUUCCAAGUCACUGAAGCUACACUCGAGCAAGGAGAUGUAAGUGAAGGGGUUGUUUUACAAGAUGGGACCAUCAUGAUGACAGGCAAGAAUGGGAAAUCUGAUAUAUCUGGUCCUCUACUCACCGUUUCCAAGAAACCCAUAACGAUUAAGGGUGUGAGGGAGGUCAAAGGGAAGAGGGGACCAAAACAGAAGCAUCUUAUUGUCAAAGACAUGUUGGCCAAAAAAAAUACUGGAAUUGAGACAAGUCCACAACCAAAAGCUGUUAAAAAAGCUAGCAAUAAAAAAUCUGUCCAAGAACUUAUAAAUGAAGCCGUUCUAGAAAGUUUAAAGAAUGGAGCUGCUAGUGAAGCAGAAGCAGACCCUGAUGCAGUCGUUCUUUUUGAAGUUACUGGCAACGAUAAAGUAAAUAAAUAUGUUGUGUCGUCCAAAGAAGUUAAUGCUCUCAAAGCUAUGAAUGAGCAGAUGGAAAAACAGAAGAAGCUGAAUUCACCAACUGAAAAGAAAUGUGCAUUAUCUUCAACAGUGAUAGAUGGCAACACAAACAUCGCUGAAAUAAAACUUACUGUUCCCAAAAACUCUAGGAAAUCCAUUGUUUCUGAAGUGUUGGCAAGAGCACAAAGUCUAGAGAGCCAAGUGAAAGGUAGUUUGCUCAACGAUGUUCCUGACUCAUCACCAAGUAAGAGUGAUGAAAUCAAAAACGAAGCAAGAUCUCCUCAAAUGCUUGACAUGAGUAUAACAUCAGAUGUUCUAAAUGACAGUUCUCAACUAAUUAACAUUAAUUCAACAAGUGACAAUCUUGAAAAUUCAACUAUGAUAGAUCUUGAGGAAGAAUCUCAAAUUUUGGGUGUAGAUCAUUCUACUGCAAUUUUGGAUGAGGAAAAUUCAAUGGUAGUGUUGAAUGAAGAAAACCAAAUAAUAGAAUUGCAAAAGCAUCAUGAUACCAUCCAUAUGUCUGGAAAUGAGAAUCUAAUUGUUGUGAACGAAAGUGUACAAGACACAAAUCAAGAACAGGUAGAUUCAAUUGAAGAGCCGAAUGAAGAUUCACAGCUUAUGCAAAUUAGUGAAGUUUCUCAAGAAAUGGGACCAGAAGAAGCGUCUGAAGGAAUAAGUGUCAGCGCUGAUGAGACAGACCCUGCGACUAGGAGGGAUAUGCCAUUGCUGGAAAAUGAAUCACAGCUGGUAGAGUUUGAACUGAUCGAUGGGAGUGGCUCAAAAAUAAAAUCUUACAAAGCAUUUACAGUUGAUGGGAACAUAUUAAGUCAAAAAGAAAUAUCUGAACUAUCUAGACUAACUGACCAAAACAAAGAUUCAGAUGUAAUUGGACUUUUAGAUAUGGUGUGUGAGGAAGCAGCAUCAAACGAUAUUGAUAGUCAGGUCGAUGAUGAGAGUGCUAAUAAAGAAAUCAUGCCUUCACAUAAUUCCGUUAACCCAAACAUCACCUCUCUUGAACCGGAUUGCUCGUCAUUCAAAGUGGUGGAAGCGGAGAAAGGGUGUUAUAACCUAGUCCCAGUAGAAAAAGACUUUGGUCAAAGCACUGGGAACUUGUUGAAGUACACUGUUAUGUCCGAGAAAGUGGAUUUUGAAGGAGAUGAAUCAACAAGCUUUAAUGCAUCAGGCACAGAGCAUUUGGUGUUGGAAGAAGUACAAAACAUGAAUACUGCUAGUUUAAACUCAACUGAGAUGUCCUUAGACGGUGGAGAAUGUCAGGAGUUGUCUGUUGAACAAGCCCUACAAGCUAUGAUGGGCGAUGAAAACAGUACUGGUAUAGAGACCCAAGAUUUUUCCCAAGGAGACGAGGAAAAAAUUGUAAACGACGAAAAACCGUUAACCGAGGAUCCUAGUGUACAUUCAACGGAAGGUGAAACAUCACAUAAUAAUGUUGAUACGCAAAAAUUCGAGUUUGUGUAUGAAACGUCAGAAAACCCUGUUAAUGAGGAAGCUGCUAUUUCCGCUCUAAAUCCGCUACCUGAAACUAGUACUAGUGAUGUUCUGUCUAAUAUGAUAAUAACGAAAUCAGAGGAGACUUCUAAAGAAGCUAAUGAGAACCCUACAAUUGUCUCUCCGACAAAAGAUGUACCAUUCGCUGUUGGUCUUCUACCUUUAAAAGAUGCUCUUGUCCAAAUACAGUCAACUCCUGAUCAUCAGCCCCGAAAAACAAGGUCAGGAAGUACUAGUAAACCAGAAGUCAUAGGAGCUAAAAGGAGAUCAUCUUCAGAAAAUUCAUCAGAUGGUCCUAGUAAAAGAAGAAAAAGUUUUGAAGACGGAGAUAUUCCUACUACCCGCAAUGAAGAGGAAGAAAGUGUUACGUGAGCGUUUUUUUGGUAUUUGAACCACUCUUAAUCCAAGUUUUUUUCAGGUUUUUUGUUUUGUUUUUAUCUAAUUGAUGAACAGUUUUAUUUUUGUUUGGCGGGUUUUUUGUCUUUGUUAACUGUUAUGAUGAGUUAUACUGUACAUAACAGAUUCUGUUGCUGUUUAUAAAAUUUUAACAGGGAAUAUGUAAAGUGUAAAUACUCUUAAUUUAUUCUCUCACAUGUCUUAUGAACAUCACAGUUGUAUGCCAUAAUGUAUCAUGUUAAGAAGAUUGUGUUGGUUAAAACCAACUCGCAAUUUUAAUUUUUUACAAUGUUAUCUAAUUUUGUAUUAGAUAGUACACUCAGUCAUCAAUUUAAGUUUUUUUUCUAUCUUUAAUAAAGUUUGUUUUUCACCAAGGUUUUUUGUCUUGUAGUCUUAAUGUGAUGUUUUAGGUGUAUUUUAUUUAUGUAAAAUUUUAGAUGUAAUUAAAAAGUUGGAUCCAAUCCUAAUAAGUUGGAUAUAAUUUAGAAAAAGUAUGGAUUUUAUCCAAAGGGUUGACAUUACCAUCAAAUGAAAAGGAAAUAUAUUUUGUUAAUAUUUUUUUGUAGCAGUCUAAAGUAAUACUAUCUAAUGUAAUGCCAAUUUGAUCUUAAUCUAAAUAUUUUUUGAUAUUAAUUCAUGUAUCCUCAUCCUCCUUUAGAUGAAACAUUCUACAAAAAUGUAUUUUCCUCACAUUAAAUUAGAGUUAUUACCAAAAUUAUUUUUAUAAUUUUAUUUUGCAUGCAAAACUGUGGAAUGUUAGUAACUAAGCAUGUUAAUUUGUGAUUAGAAAAUUAAUCAAAGGUUAGCUUGACAUUUUGAGAUGAUUAGUGUGGAAUGGAUGUGAAAUUCAUUUUCAACCAAAAAGAUGUUUUAGCUAGGUUAACCAGGUGUUCUUUAGGUUAACAGAACUUCUUUACCUGAUGACUUAUCAAAAGACUUAUUUAUCUUCAUCCAUCUAAUCUAAAGUAUUCUUGUAUGGAUUUAAAUUUAACCAAUUAAAAAAAAAACAUGUUUAUGAUAGUUGUUCAGAAUCUUUUGCUAAGCUGUCAAUUACACAACGACAUUGUUUGGAAACUGUUAUUCAAAACAUUUGUCCUUGCUUUAAUUCCACUAAUUGUGUUUUGUUUCCAGCCAAUAUGUGCUUAUUUUGUUUUUAUUAACUCAAAUUAAAAAAUUCCAGUUAUAACUUCGUACCUCAUAAAAAUCGAUUUACAUUCAGCUUCUUUUUUUCUGUUGCUACUAAGUUUUUCUGUAUAAUGGGUCCAAUUUUCUUUUCAAGUUGUGUUUAAUAAUGAAUUGUAUCAUGUGGGUUUUAAAACUUGUUAUUUAUUUUGUAAUUUCUUUUAUUGUUACGUGUUAGGAAAAAGCAAAAUUAUUUUUAUAGUAUUUUUCAUUUUUUGAAAAUUACAAUAAACUUAUAACUUAAGUAGUAUUUACCUUAAUAAUCGCCUAAUCUUUAAUUUUUGGUUGAGACCUAUGUGUUUUUGGUGAAAUUAUCUUUAGGGUCUUCUUUAAUGAUUUAGUCAUAAAAAUAAUUAUAUAAAUAUGGUCAGUAUAUUUAAACUUAAUACAUACUUAAUGUUCACCUUCUGUAAACACCUAACCUCAAUUUAGGAAUUUGUGAUACAUGAUGUACACAAAAAGUAAUUAACACCAAUCUGAAAAUCCUGAAAAUGGUUGAUCUAACUCAGGGGCAAUUUACCGAAUGGGCACAUGCCUAUGGCGGGAGGCAAUUUAUAACUUAAGAAGGGUCAAAAAAUUGGAAAUUAAAAAAUAAUUUAGUGGUUGUAUUUGCAUGCGGUCUCAGUAAACUUCUGAUAAUCCCUCACGGCUGUGUUGACAUCAUUAUCGUCUCCUGUCGCCGUAUGGACAUUGUAAUCGUCUUCCAUGAUCGCGGCAAUAUAUGAACAUAUCCCGUGGUCAUAAGGAGAUUAUCGUAGUCUACCGCGAAUGAGGCAAAAUUCUGAUUUUCCCGCAGUCGUGUGGACAUUAUCAUCAGCUUGAACCGAUUGCGGUAAAAUUAUGAUAAUCCCUCAGGGCCGUGAAGACAUCAUUAUUGUAUCUCCCUUGGUCCUGUAGUGAUCGUAAUCGUCUCCAGUGGUUGUGAAGACAUUGUAAACACCUACCGCAAUUGCGGCAGAAUGUUAAUCAUAUCCCGCAGUUGUGUGAAGAUCACCAUCGUCUUCCGCGGUGGCGGCAAAAUUCUUACCGUUUCCCGCGGUCGUGUGGACAUAAUCAUCAUCUUCUGUGAUCGCGGCAAUAUUCUGAUCAUCCCUCGCAGCUCUGUAUAUAUCAUCAUCACGUUACGCAAUCACGGCCAAAUCAUUAUCAUAACCGGCGGUCGUUUAGACAUUAUCAUCGUCUUCUGCAGUCGCGGCAAAAUUCUGAUUAUCCCUCGCUGACAUAUUGUCAUUUCCUGCAGUCACAGAAACGUCAUUUUUGUCAUGCGAUAAAUUGAAUUUUACAGGUAGAAAUACAAAAUUCACUCAUAAUUCCCACUAUAAAAAAAAUCACGCAUAAUUCCUGGAUUUUAUAGUUGGUGGACACCCGUAUUGUAAAGGGACGCUACUUUACCGAGGGUUAUGCCUAAGGCGCUGACAUGGUCAAAAACGGGCCUGAACUAAAUUUUCUGUAAAAAUCUAUCUGUACAAUGCUAAAACUGAAUAAAAAACGCUAUUCAACUCACUUAGGCUAUAUAUUUAUAAACUUUAGUUACUUCAAGUCGUUUAAAUAAAAUUUUACAAGAGAGAAAAUUGAAAAAAAAACAAUCAAUUCUAUUAAAGUACUGUCAAAUUCAAGAACUCAGAAAUGGUAAUUGAUCUUUUUAAAUUUGUGAGUUGGUGGCUCAGUUGGUGACAACACAGUCUUGGGUCCAAGGCAGCAACGUCCUAGGGUACCUGGCCAUUACUUUUGUCAGUACAGUUUGCCCUUGUACCUGUACCGGCUCACCUCUUGCUUUUCUAGAUUCCACACACAAGCCAGAGGCCUACGUGGUUAGGGAAAUGCAAGGUUUCAGUUAUCUCUUAAUGGCGCUAUGGGCCUGAAAGAUAAUUGUGCUCCCUUCCCCCUUUUCUUGCGCCCUGGUCCCAGGUCCAUUUACUAAAGCAACCCUGAAGAGACCAAUAUUUUAUUUUUUAUGGAAAAACAUCUUUUAACCCUUCCAGGGCUAUGGACGGAUAUAUUCGUCAAUCUUUGUUUACUUUCCAGGCUGAAAACGGAUAUAUCCGUCCCGAGAAAUUUCUUUUCUGGGAUAAAGACGGAUAUAUCCGUCCAAAAAGCGAAUUGAUACACAAUGUUUAUAAUACGGUAAUAAACAUUACACUGCAUUAUAAAUGGGUUAUUUUGUUUUUGUGGUUGGCAAUAAUAAGUGCCGCAGCUGUUUCGGCUAUUUUGCACCAUAGAGUGUACGUAAGUAAAUAUUGCUGUCACUUCACACAUGGUUGUAAGUGAGUGAUGUUUACAUUUUGUGUUUGUACUUUAUUUUUAUGUUAUUGAGCUAAAGUUAGUAAUGCAAACGAUCUGAAAAUUGAAGAUGUUAUUGAGAUG